AGAGACAGAGGAGAACGUGUGCAUCAGUGCAGAGUGCUGCCGGAGCCCUGGCAGAACGAGAGGGAGGCAGAGGGAGCCGGAGAGGGAAAAGCCUGAAGUGGUGGGAGCUGGAACAGCAGCAGCUGCUUUUACCUCUUCGCAGCUGAUGCCCGGGAAAAGGCUCGGCUGCCAGCACGCCUCUCCCAAGGUGCCUCCUGUUCAAAAGUCCUAGAAGAUCGGUGGUACUUCCAGGAGCCAAGUGGAGCUGCUUUGUUUUCGUUCUUUUUUUAUUUUUUAUUUUUUUUUCCCCUGAGAAGAACAUCUGUUUGAGGACUCGGCACCUUUUCCCAGACUGAAAGAGGUAUUUUGUGUCAUUAAUGCGUUUCUUCUUUGAAAGCAGCAUAUUUUCUUCCUGCUGUCUGCACUCUCCUCUUGGUCUCCCUCCCGGGUGUGGGGGCUGUGCCCCUAUGGAUGCCCCUGUGCAGAUUUUCCGGGAGGAGCCAGACUCCACCUGCCCCCCAGGGUCCUGCCAUUCCCCCAGCACCAGCAGCAGCUGGCCCCAGGGCUGGGCAGACUAUGACAGCAAUGCCACCGGGGCCUUUGGGGACACCCAGCACAACCACACCAGCAUCUCCCCUGCUAUCCCCAUCAUCAUCACUGCUGUCUACUCCGUGGUCUUCGUCGUCGGCUUGGUGGGAAACUCUCUGGUCAUGUUUGUCAUCAUAAGGUACACAAAGAUGAAGACUGCAACCAACAUCUACAUUUUCAAUCUGGCUAUGGCAGAUGCACUGGUGACCACGACUAUGCCUUUCCAGAGCACUGAGUACCUGAUGAACUCCUGGCCCUUUGGUGAUGUGCUGUGUAAAAUAGUUAUUUCAAUUGACUAUUAUAACAUGUUUACCAGCAUAUUCACGCUGACCAUGAUGAGUGUUGAUCGAUACAUUGCUGUGUGUCACCCUGUGAAAGCUCUGGACUUCCGUACUCCUCUGAAGGCAAAGAUAAUCAAUAUCUGUAUCUGGCUGUUGUCCUCAUCUGUUGGCAUAUCUGCAAUAGUACUUGGAGGCACCAAAGUCAGGGAAGAUACUGCUAGCACUGAAUGCUCCUUGCAGUUCCCAGACAAAGAUUACGUGUGGUGGGACAUCUUCAUGAAGAUCUGUGUCUUUGUCUUCGCAUUUGUUAUUCCAGUCCUAAUUAUAAUUGUUUGUUAUACUCUGAUGAUCCUGCGCCUUAAAAGCGUGAGGCUUCUCUCAGGCUCUCGAGAAAAAGAUCGCAACCUGCGCCGCAUCACCAGGUUGGUUCUUGUGGUGGUGGCAGUUUUUAUAAUCUGUUGGACUCCUAUCCACAUUUUCGUGCUGGUUGAAGCUUUAGGGGAUGUGUCCCACAGUACUGCUGCUAUAUCCAGCUAUUAUUUCUGCAUCGCUUUGGGUUACACCAACAGCAGCCUCAACCCCAUUCUUUAUGCUUUUCUGGAUGAAAACUUCAAGAGAUGUUUCAAGGACUUCUGCUUCCCCCUUAAGGUGAGGAUGGACAGGCAGAGCACCAGCAGAGUCAGAAACACUGUGCAAGACCCAGCGUAUAUGAGGGAAGCAGAUGGGACAAACAAACCUGUAUGACUAGUCGUGGAAAUGUCGUCUUACUGUCCUCAAGAGAGAGAAGAGUCCAAUGACCUAGGACUGACACAGAUUACCACUGCAGUUUGAACUAGACUUGACAAACAAGAACCUCCUGAAAAUAAGCUUAAAUGGAAAGGACCUGAAUGAUGACCAGGUUUUGGUACUAUAUUUGCUGUACUAGGUCAGGUCCUAAUACACAUUCCUAGGGAAAGAGGAGAUAGUGUUGUACCAGUUGAUUCUGGAUAAGAAAAGUUCUGGCUUUUCUCUUCAAAAUACAUAAAGUUAUAUUGAGCAACAUUUGGUCAUAACACAGAGUUAUGCCAGAAACUUUUACCCCAACAGUGACUGCUUCUCAACCAUGCAUUUUGGCAAUUUGAUUUGCCAUACUCUUUUACAGUGAAGAGUGUUGAGGUUUCUGAAGAACAAUACCAGAGCUAUAAUCAAUAUUGUCCUCAACCAGUGUAUCUCUAACAUUUGUCUGUGUUGUGGAAAUCCAAUUUAAGCAUGAUCUGCCUACACACCAAAGUGAUUUUAUUGUGUCUGUGAAUGGUAAAGCAUUUUAACAUUUUAAAAUAUUGGGUUUGAAGGAGGCUUGUUAGUGUAUUUUUAGCAUUUGUUUAAACACCUGUGUGUAAUGUUUUCUGUGUGAUUUCCCAAGGUGACUGUGAAUUUAUUGAUUGUGACUAAGAUAAUAUGCAUUUUCCAGAGUAUAUUUUGAAUAAGAGGCUAGAAAACUUCACUUGUUACAGAACUGCUGAAAAACUGUGCCACAUUCAUAACAUGAUGGGGAAUAAUCACAUUCUCUUUUCAGUAAAGGAGACAAAUGAAUGUACUUAAAAUACUGCUAUACUUGUUUCCCUGGACAGUUUGAAAUAAAUAUUUGAUGAAUUAGAAACUAAUGAAUUAGGACAUGGGUUAAUUGAACAGAUACAAAGGAAAUUAAGAGUAAAUAUACUAGAUGUUUUAAUGGUACAUGAUUGGAAAAGUUCCCAUUUUGUUGUUGAUGAUACAUUUUCUUUGAUAUAGUCCUAUGAAUUCAGCAAAUUUCCCUUUUUUCCUGUGAAGAUGGAACACAACUACCGAGUUACUAGCUUACUGAAGGUAAGUUUAUGGUAAAACAGAACCUUAAUUCCAGUCUGUAGUUUUUUGUCUUCCUAACUGGUAUAUUUUACUGCCCCCACUUACUGCUAUUGCUGAAGUUUGGAGGAAUGCUCUCAUCAUCUUCACUGGCAACAGAUCUGGUCACCAGACAUCUUCCUGGUAACUUUUUUUCUUUUUACAAAGUCAUAAAUAAGGUUUUGACUUCAAUGAAUGGCAGAUUUUCUCAGAAACACAGUCUGGCCCUAUUGGACCAAAAAUCCUUUAGGCCUACCAACCUAAGUCAUGAGGUUUCCUCUUGUAGCUGACAGUACAGUUAUUGUGGAAGUGCUGUAGAGAUUCAAUCUCCUGCACAACUUGCACAUCCUUUAUUGUUAAUAUACUCAUGAAUGUCAAAUAUUUUGGAUAUCAGGUUCAUAAAUGUAAAGCUCUGACACUCACCUUGCAGUACUAGAUCAAGCCUGUACAGUCAGAGGUGUUCAUGGCUCACACAGUACACAGCUGCUGUGUAGAGCAAAGCUGUGAGGUUCAGGUCCUGAAGAGUGGUGACUGAGAACUAGUGAGUGUCUCCACUUCCUUUUUUUUUUUUUUACAUGCAUCCAUCUUUCUAAAUAAAGUUCUGACCUUUACUUAUUCACAAAAAGAGAAUGUUUAAGGUAAAAAUUCACAAUCCAAGGUAUUUAUCAAGUUAGAAGAAAACAAGCUGUGAAAGAACUAGACCCUAAAGAAUUUUAUUUAUUCGAAAUAACCUGUGGUUUUGUUCAUGAUGUGCCAUUUGCAUAUGCAUAUCUGCAUUUCAAUAGAGCUAUUACUCUAUAGAUUAUGCACAGUGUUCUGCAUUGUAAUGACAAAUCAAUGUUCUUUAUGUGUAAAAAGGAGCUCUACAAUAAUAAAUUUUUAUGUGUGUGUGU